UGUAUGUAGUGCUAGUGCGUAUUAUCUAUCGGGUAAGUGACACUACAACUCUCUGCUUUCCAUUAACACGAAACUUCCCAAAUACAAUAAUUCUUGCUUUUCGCUAAAAAGCCUUUUCACUUUGCUAAAAAAAUAUUGAAAAGAAAGGCAUCAGAUCCACAAAUCUCUCCUGCUUUUGAAAUUCAAUCAUUUCAAGAAUCUCGCAUUUCUUAUAAAGAAGAUGAAUUCGCUCACUCCUCUGCGUCUAGCUGAUAAGGCCCGUCUCUAUUAAAGCGGUGGUGGUGUGAACAAAGAUGAAUCUUUAAUAAGGCGAUUAGUGAAGUUGAUGGGGCUCAAUAGUUCAAAGGAUAGGAGUUUGAGCUCUAAUUCUUCCCUGCGUUCAACUUCUUCUUCGUCAUGGGAUUCACAGCACCCCUACGCUCAGCCUUACUAUACCCAAGAUAGUUACAACUACAGCUAUCCACCUCCGCAGCAGCAGCCCUACCCGGUUGAACACUCGUAUGCGCCGUCACAGCAGCAGCCAUACCCGGUUGAACAGUCUUAUGCGCCGGCACAGCAGCACCACUCUAGUGGUGAAAGAAGGCAGCUUGAUAGGAGGUAUUCAAGAAUUGCUGAUGAUUAUAAAUCUUUGGACCAGGUGACGGAAGCUCUUGCACGUGCUGGUCUCGAGUCCUCUAAUCUUAUUGUUGGUAUUGAUUUCACAAAGAGCAAUGAGUGGACAGGUGCAAAGUCAUAUAAUAGACGGAGCCUGCACCACAUUGGAGAUGGUUUGAAUCCUUAUGAGCAAGCGAUUUCCAUUAUCGGGAAAACUUUAGCUGCUUUUGAUGAGGAUAACUUGAUUCCCUGUUAUGGAUUUGGAGAUGCAUCCACACAUGAUCAGGAUGUCUUCAGCUUCUACCCAGAUGAUAGAUUUUGUAAUGGAUUUGAAGAAGUCUUAAGUCGCUAUAGAGAAAUUGUGCCCAAUCUACGACUUGCAGGGCCAACGUCCUUUGCACCUGUCAUUGAAAUGGCAUGUAGCAUUGUUGAGCAGACUGGUGGCCAGUACCAUGUUUUAUUAAUAAUUGCAGAUGGGCAGGUCACCAGAAGUGUUAAUACAGAGAGUGGCCAGCUAAGUACUCAGGAGCAGAAGACAGUUGAAGCCAUUGUAAAGGCUAGCAAGCUUCCCUUAUCGAUAGUAUUAGUUGGGGUUGGAGAUGGACCAUGGGACACCAUGAAAGAGUUUGAUGAUAACAUACCUGCUCGAGAGUUUGAUAACUUCCAGUUUGUGAAUUUUACAGAAAUUAUGUCAAAGCGGACGGACACAGCCCGUAAGGAAACAGAAUUUGCUCUUGCUGCUCUGAUGGAAAUUCCUUCACAGUAUAAGGCAACAAUAGAGCAUAAUUUAUUAGGUCGUCGCAGAGGGAAUGUUCCUGAGAGGGUUUCACUUCCGCCACCAUUAUAUGGUUUCAACAGCUCGAAACAUUCCCAUUCCAGUAGCUUUAAGCCAAGUGUGCCUUCUUAUCCAGUUGUCAGUGCACCCGCCAGUUCAGCUCCAACGAGUUCAGUUCCAACCGCUCCAACAUCAGUUGACGAUAAUCAGCUUUGUCCAAUUUGCCUCAGUAAUACGAAAGAUAUGGCCUUUAACUGUGGGCAUCAGACAUGCUGUGAAUGCGGAGAAAGCCUGGAGACAUGUCCGAUAUGUAGGAGUUCAAUUCAGAUGAGAAUAAAGCUCUACUAAUGUAACCGGAUUUUCAAAUUUCUCUGUGGUCAACUAAUCAUAUUCUUUGUUCAUUCAUUUUUUUACUAGCUCAGAGUAGAUUAAGGGAAUGACAUUAUUUGCUCUUUUGUACAUUAUUUUUGUAACUGGAUAAUAGUUUCACUCUUUUAUGGAUUGAUAUGCCAGUCAGUGGGUUGACCUUGAUUACAAACCAUCAGAUGUGAUGUGCAAUUUGGAUCAAAUCAAAUUCAAUUAUUAA